UUCUAGCGAACGCGCAGCACAGCAAAGGAGCUAGCAGGGCUGGUUCAGUUAAACCUCAGCUGCUACAUAGCUUAAAAAGCCUCAACAUGUCUUAAGAAAGCUCAGUGACCAAAGAAGGAAUAUAAUAAGAGUGAAUAUUGGCAGUGAGUUUGAAUGGUGGAGACUUAGAGCUCAAAAAGACACAAGACCGACUCAGAGCUGCUACUUUUCUCCUCAACAGCCAGUGGCUCUGGAACACUCCUGACAUGUGGAGAGAGAGAGAGGUGCUCUUCCCUUUUGGCCUGACCAGCUGAACUCCAUGAGCCAGAGUAAAACUACACGACUAACCUGACAUCUCCAAGAACCAAGACCAAGAAGUGACCUCAACAGACCCGGGGACAUCCGCCCGUCCGUCCGUCCAGCCUGACAACCCCCCUUCCAGCACUCAGCCCCCCAAACUCAGCUGGCUGAGUCUUCUUCCACUGAUCCGGGACCAGGGCUUGUUAUCAGUCAUCUCCGGGUGCCAGCAGAGGUGAAACCGGGCCACGGCCAGCAGGAGAUAGAGGGAGAGAUAAAUAGAGGGACGGGGGGCUGUAGAGAGGAAAAGAAAGUGAGAGAGGGUUAAGAGAGAGCCAGUCGAGGUGCUGCUGAGCAAGUCCAGCAGUAUGGAGAUGGAGAUACUAAGCGGAAGGGGCACCAAGCAGAGUGCGGCCCCCACGACCCUCAUGAAAGCGGCCCUCACGGCGUCUGUGUGUCUCUGUCUAGCUCUGCUGAUCACUGUCAUUGCAGUCUCACAGAAAUCAAGCAAUGAAGAAUUCUGCCUGACACCAGAGUGCAUUGAAGCAGCUGGAUCCAUCCUCAAGAAGAUGGACAUCACUGCCCAACCCUGUGAUGACUUCUACCAGUAUGCAUGUGGAGGCUGGCUGAAGGAGAACCCCAUUCCAGAAGAUUUCUCCAGUUACGGGAUCUAUCCCUGGCUCAGACAGAAUGUGGACCUCAAGCUAAAAGAGCUGCUGGAACAGCCGACUACAGAAGCAGACCUAGAGGCUGUGAAGAAGGCCAAGGUGCUCUACCGUUCCUGCAUGAACGAAACUGCUCUGGAGCUGCUGGACGCUAAGCCGCUGCUGAAAGAGCUGAAGAAGCCUGAGUUCCGCUGGCCAGUUCUGGAAAAUGCACUGGGCUUUGAUGUGCGAUGGGUCGCAGAAAAGUUCAACCUGUUGGAGACACUGGCCCAGAUCCGCACCCAGCACAGCAAAUCCGUCCUGAUCCGUCUGUAUGUGUCUCCGGACGACAAGAACUCACAGCGAUACAUCAUUAAGUUUGAUCAGGCGUCCUUGGUUUUGUCCAGAGAGGAUUACAGCACCAACACCACUGAGGCGCAGGCUAACCGAGAGGCUCUUCUGAGGCUUAUGGUGGAUGUGUCCGUCAUGCUGGGAGCCGACGCAAAGACUGCUGAAGCCCAGAUGAAGUCAGCGCUUAGCUUCGAGAUGAAACUUGCUAAGAUAAUGAUCCCCUUUGAGAACCGGACCAGUGAAAACAUGUAUAACAAAUACAGCCUGUCUAAACUGCAGCGCACAAUCCCAGAGUUUAACUGGCUGAGUUUUGUUAGAGCAACGAUCGACUCUAAGCUGUAUCCAGAUUUGUCCAUCUCUUCCUCGGAGAGCGUUAUAGUGCGUGCUCCUCAGUACAUGAAGGACCUCAUUAAGCUCCUCAAUGCCACUGACAGCAGAACAGUGGCCAACUAUGUGGUGUGGAGGUCAGUCCUGUCUAGAGUCACCACGCUUAGCAGACGCUUCCUCUACAGAUACCUGGACUUUGCUAGAGUCACAACAGGAACCACCUCCCUCACGCCUCGCUGGGAUAAGUGUGUGAAUUACGUGGAGGGAACACUUAUGUACGUCACCGGACGCCUGUUUGUUGAUAAGCACUUUCAGGAGGACAAGAAACACAUGAUGGAGGAGCUGGUGGAGGGCAUUCGGUGGGCCUUCAUUGACAUGCUGGAGAAAGAGAACGACUGGAUGGAUGCAGAAACUAAGAAAAAAGCAGUAGAGAAGGCUCAUGCAGUGCUGGCUAAAGUGGGCUACCCAGAAUUCAUUCUGAACGAUACCUACAUUAAUGAGGACAUUAAACGGCUGUCCUUCUCAGAGAAAGACUACUUUGGGAAUGUGAUGCAGACGCUGCAGUUUGUGGCGCAGGCAGAUAUCGGCUGGCUCAGGAAGAGCGUGCCUCGCACAGAGUGGUUCACCAGCCCCACGACUGUCAACGCCUUCUACAGCUCCUCCACCAAUCAGAUCAGAUUUCCAGCAGGAGAGCUUCAGAAACCAUUCUUUUGGGGAUUGGACUACCCCAGAUCAUUAAGUUAUGGGGCAAUCGGUGUAAUUGUUGGACAUGAGCUCACUCAUGGUUUUGACAACAAUGGCCGGAAAUAUGACAAAGAUGGGAAUCUGGGCCAGUGGUGGAGCAACGCAUCAGUCACUUCCUUCACUGACAAGACGCAGUGCAUGAUUAAUCAAUACAACAACUACCACUGGAAAGAGGCGGGACUAAACGUCAGGGGGAACAGGACCUUGGCCGAGAACAUAGCUGACAAUGGUGGCAUGCGAGAAGCAUUCAGGGCCUACAGGAGGUGGAUUGAGAAGGAAAGGUCGGGGGUAGAGGAGCCAUCAUUGCCAGGAAUCAGUCUCACCAACAAUCAACUGUUCUUCAUUAGCUAUGCUCACGUGCGCUGUAAUUCCUACAGACCAGAGGCGGCCAGAGACCAGGUUCUGAACGGGGCUCACAGCCCUCCAAAGUACAGGGUUAUUGGGGCGAUGAGUAACUACGAGGAGUUCCGCAAAGCCUUCAGCUGCCCCGAGACGUCCAUCAUGAACAGGGGGGCGGGGUCCUGCCGGGUGUGGUAGUGCUGGAGACUGGAGAACUUCAUGAACAUGGUCCAAACCUCAAGCCUCAUCCCGGGUCACCUCAUUCGACCUCGGGGACGGCACUUACUGACACUGCCCACCCAUCCCAUCCCGGACCGCCGUGCCUGCGGUCCUCUUCAACUGGAACACUGAUUAGACACCCUCACAGCUUGAACUCACUAACACACGCUGCGAGCGUCAGUCCACUGACCAUUUGCUCUCUUGUUGCUGUCUGGCCUUCAGCUUUCAGAAGGCUCAAACCACAGUUGCGGGUACUUGCUUUUACCCCGAAUGAUCCGCAGCCAGAUUUGGUUUGGUUUUUAUAUUUUUCAAAACACAACAAUACAGUGUAAAUGAGAGGGACAUCACUUCCUCGCUUUACAUCACUCUAAAUAAAUGACUUCUAUGACAAUUUAGUACCUCCCCCGUUUCUCUAAUGGAAGUCUGUAUGGGGUCCAUUACUGCUUGUACAAUUGCGGUUAGGAUAGCAUUGUUUGAGUAUCAGAAUAAGAGAUAUUUUUUAGCCUUUUUUGAAAUCCAAAAUCAAGGCAAUUUUAAAUGUGAUGUAAAUUUGUUGAAAAAAUGUUAUUCUUUAAGUAUGGAAGCACUGUAUCUUUUGCGUGUACUGACUGUAAUAUAGUAAAACAUUCUUGUUCA